AUGGCGAGCUUACAGAGAUUCACGAGGGUAUUCUGCAAACGUGUUUCGAGAUCCUGCAUUACAAAAUCAAAAUCUUUUUGUACAUCCUCAAACCAGAUACAUAAAGAUGACUUGUGGAAGAUAUAUCACAAACGGAAACAACAAGUGCAAGAGAAAUCCUUUGCUGCUGAUGUGAACAAGGAGGGGAUAUUUGCUAACAAUGAGAUGCACCUGGGAGAUGUGGAGGUGUAUGGGUUUGAUUACGACUACACACUGGCUCACUACACAACACAGCUCCACUAUCUGCUCUAUAGGCUGGGACAGCAAGCCCUUGUCAAUGACUAUAAGUACCCAAACGAGAUUUCCAACUUCAAAUAUGAUCCAGACUUUGCCAUAAGAGGGCUCCAUUAUGAUGUCAGACAGGGGCUUCUCAUGAAGAUUGACUCAUUUCAUAACAUACAGCUAGGAACUGUAUACAGGGGUAUGCAGGCUGUGUCGGAUGUGGAGGUGAAGGCCACCUACGAAGGGACACAUGUCUCCUUGGAGAAGAUGAACACAUUCUAUGGAACAGGUCCCAUGCAUCAACUUGUAGAUCUGUUUGCUCUGCCGGAAGUAACACUCAUAUCGAACAUCACAGAGUAUUUUGUACAAAACAACAUCACGUACGAUCCUGAGUAUGUGUUCUAUGAUGUGAGGAAUGCUGUGCAGGGUGUUCACUCUUCUGGGCUGCUUCAUCAGAAGAUCAUGGAGAACCUUGGUGAGUGGUGGGGCAGAGCAUGCUUGGAAGAGUUGUUGCUGGAGAGGUUGUCUAGUGCGGGGAAAAAACUCUUCCUCAUCACAAACAGUGGCUUCCCCUUCAUACAUGCUGGCAUGUCGUACAUGAUCGGAGAUGACUGGCAGGACCUGUUUGAUGUCAUUAUCACUAAUGCUAGAAAACCAAAAUUUUUCAAUGAAGCUUCUCGGCCAUUCCGCACGUACGACCCAGCCUUGUUCAGUCAGUCCUGGGACAGAGUUCAGACACUGGAGAAAGGAAAAGUCUAUCAGCAGGGCAACUUCUACCUGCUGACCCAGAUGACCGGCUGGUACGGCUCAAGGGUUCUGUACUUCGGAGACCAUGUCUACAGCGAUCUGGCUGAUCCGUCGCUGCGUCAUGGCUGGAGAACUGGUGCUAUCAUUCCUGAGUUGGAGGCUGAAAUUGAACAACAGAAUGAUCCUGCAUACAAGUCAGCUGUGAGAUGGCUGGUGUCUCUACAACAACUCAUAGAAAAACACCAGUGUCAAGAAUGUCCCGAACAGAAAGAAGUGAUACAGACGUGGCUGGAGGAGAGAGAUGAUCUCAGAAACUUCACAAAAGCAGUGUUCAAUCCACGGUUUGGUAAUCCACAGUUUCGGACGUACCACAACCCGACAUAUUUCACUCGCCGCUUGGCAUCUCAUCUUGCUGACAUCUACAUGUCGAGUCUGACAAACCUGCUGCACUACUCAGUAGACCACUCCUUCUACCCACACCGAGUGUUGCUUCCACAUGAACCAGGACCCUUCUCCAAGUACUGAGGAGACACAAUAUAUUGAAAUUACAAUGUACUGUCAAGGAUUGGACACUUAAGCAAAUCAGUGGAAAAGUCAUCUGGGGAGAGAUGGCCAGGUUUAACAGAUCAUGGACGUUACUACUGACUAGGGAACAUUCAUGAUCUACUGCAGUGAUAUCUGGACCUAAUGUUGUUGGUAAAAUGUUGAACUAGUCGCUUCAAGCAUUGAUGGGCAACAGCACCAGUGCUGGUUCAAGUACUUCAUACCAACAUGCAAACAUUGAUGGUGUGUUGAGCUAGCUUUGUAUCUAAUACUGACAUGGAAGCAUUGAUGGUCAAAUGUAUUAGUACUGUGUGUAGUACUUACUUUGAAGUACUGAUGGUCUACUGCACUGAUUAUAAUUCCAGGAGAUGAUGCUAACAUUGAUAGUCUCUGCACUCAUACAUAGACCAAAUAUUGACAUUGAAGCAAAUAAUACUUUAGUGGUACCUGGACCCAGUACGGACACUGAAGCAUUGAUAGUCUACUACACUAACACCAAAAUUCAGUAUGGGCAUUGAAGUGUUGAUAGUCUACUACACUGUCACCUAGACUCAAUAUGGGCAUUGAAGUGUUGAUAGUCUACUACAUUGGCACCUAGACCCAGUAUGGACAUUGAAGUGUUGAUAGUCUACUACACUGGCAGCUAGACUGAGUAUGGACAUUGAAGUGUUGAUUGUCUACUACAUAUUCACCUAGACCAAGCGUGGACAUUGAAGCAUCAAUAGUCAAAUACACUCGGCACCUAGACCAAUAGGUUGAUAGAACCGUUGAUAGGUUACUACAUUGGCACUUAGACCCAGCAUGCAUAUUGAAGCAUUGAUAGUCUACUA